AUGCAAGUCAUCCUGCUCAUUUUGAUUCAGGCAUUUUUCAUCUUACGAAAGAAGUUUAGCAAUGUAUCAUUCCUACAUGUAUUUCACCAUGGUGCUUUACCAUUUAUGUGGUGGUUUGGUGUUAAAUAUGUACCAGGUGGAUUUGGCACAUUCCAUGCUAUGAUAAAUGCUUUUAUCCACUUUGCUAUGUAUGCUUAUUAUGGGAUUGCAGCAAUGGGGCCAGCAUUUCAAAAGUAUUUGUGGUGGAAGAAACAUUUAACUACUCUUCAAUUAGUUCAGUUUAUAACUGUCAUUACCCAUAGCCUACAAUUGCUGUUCAUAGAGUGCAAUUAUCCAUUGGUGUUUGCUCUUGCUAUUGCAGCAAAUUCUUUCAUGAUGUUAGUUCUUUUUGGAGACUUUUAUUGGAAGACAUAUUCUCAGAAGAAACUGUUAACUAAUAACAGCAAUUUUAUUUACACUAAGAACAACAAGCAGCAAACUGUAUCUGAGAUGGAUGGCACAAGAGCUACAGGGCUGAAAAUGGAUUAA